AUGGGACAUAAGUCGGACCUGGUGCAUGAUCACGGGCGAUACAGCCCGGACCCAGUCUGGGAUGGGAGAAUUACAGGGUUCUGUCCUGAGGCGCACCAUGGCAUGAGGCCUGAGAUGCUGACCUACCUGCCCCCUCCGUGGGGCGAGUGUCGCUCGUCGGAUGUGGGGUUAGACUUUUUCCCUGUUUACAGUAUCACGGCUUGCAGGAUUGACUGUGAAACCCGCUACAUUGUGGAAAACUGCAACUGCAAAAUGGUCCACAUGCCAGGGGACGCUCCGUUCUGUACUCCGGAGCAGUAUAAGGAGUGUGCAGAGCCUGCGCUGGGUUUGCUUGCUGAAAAGGACAGCAAUUACUGUACCUGCAGGAUGCCGUGUAACCUGACCAGGUACAACAAAGAGCUCUCCAUGGUGAAGAUCCCCAGCAAAACUUCAGCCAAGUACCUGGAGAAGAAGUUUAACAAGUCUGAAAAAUACAUCUCAGAGAAUAUUCUCGUGCUGGAUAUAUUUUUUGAAGCACUCAACUAUGAGACAAUUGAGCAGAAGAAAGCAUACGAAGUGGCAGCUUUACUUGGUGACAUUGGCGGUCAGAUGGGAUUGUUUAUUGGUGCUAGUAUCCUUACAGUACUAGAGCUCUUUGAUUAUAUUUACGAGCUGAUCAAGGAAAGAUUGUUAGACCUGCUUGGCAAGGAGGAGGAGGAGGGGAGCCAUGACGAAAACGUGAGCACUUGCGACCCCAUGCCAAAUCAUUCCGAAACCAUCAGCCACGCUGUGAACGUGCCCCUGCAGACGACCCUGGGAACGCUGGAGGAAAUUGCCUGCUGACACCUCCCCGCCAGCGCCGGAGUGCCAAGACCGACCGAAAGGAGACUGCACAGGAAAGCAGGGACCAAGCUCAGGUUUGCACCGGGGGAAAAGGAAGAAAAUCGCUAUGCAUUAAAAAAAAAUAAUAUAUAUCUAUAUAUAACUGUAUAUAUAUUAUACAUCUCUGCCAAAACCAAGCGAGCGGCGCCUUGGACUUGACUUGCGUCGUCCUUUCCUGUGGGGGGGCUCGUCUUCGGGAUCUGAAGACACACUCGUUUUUGAACUGUACAGACCAACACAGAAACUAACAAAGCCACCAUUUCAUAUACUGCCGACUGUAUAAAGCACUUGCAUGCCGAUACUUUUUAUGGCAAUAUAUUCCUAGCUGUCUUUCUAAGCUCUGUUCCUCUGUACAGGCUCUGAUUUCACUACCAAGAAGGAAUUUUGCGGGCCCAUCCGUCCCCGAAAUCGCCGUUAAUUAGGCUGUAUUAGAAUAAAGAAACAAACAAACGUGCAGCUCUUGGACUCUCCUUACCUCCUUGUUCUUCGUGUCAGUUUGCUAGGCCAGGUCCCCCAAAGGCUAAGCCGUGCUGCAGCCGGGCCUGGCGGAGGUACCGUCACCUAAAGGGGAGCGGCCCAGGGACCGCAGUCUGACUCCCUGACCUGGAUGGCUCUUGGAUGACCACACCCGUGGCUACUGUGUCGUGCUCCUGGGUCUGUAACGCAGCUUGUACAGUCUGGUUUGGGGGGGUGCGGGCAGGAGCGGGCGUGGGGGUUAUUUUUCAUUCCUUUCCGUUGUGCGUUUUCCUCGUUCUCCUGACUGAUAUUAAAGCUGGUCUUGUGGAAACGGCCAGAUUGUGUCAUUCCUGCUUUGCCUCCUGACUCGCUCACCACCGCUCCGGCCUCAGGGUGGACAGAGCAGCCGGGAUGCCCCCUCAAUUAGCUGUUUUAGUGGGAGGGUCCCCUGCAUUUGGCUCUGCUGCUCUUCCCUGGUGGGUAGCGAAAGGGGGCAGCUGGACUCAUCCUCCACUGCCUACCCAUCGGCUGAUAACAGGCAGCCAAUCCAGCCUCUUCAUGCUCCAUCAAACAGGGGGGCAGGGCCUUGUGCUUCUCCAGUUUGUGGGCACAUUGGGGAUUAGCCAGCACCCUCCACCCUGUCCCCUUCCAGUGUCAUCUCCAGGGUGGGCUUUGUUCUUCCCCAAAGCAGGGAGCAGAGCACCCCCUUCGUUCGGCCCCAGCAGCUGCUCCCCCACCCUGGCGCAUCAGGCGACAUCACUAGGACAUCAACAGCCCAAUCGAGCGGAUUGGGACCAGAGCUCUCCUGGGGCUGUUGGUGUUGUUCCCAACCUGCGAAGCCACACACACGUUCCCACACAAGCCCCGUGGCUUCCCUCCCAACAAGCCCCAGCCCCGCUAUGAGAUUGCCCGGCCCUGCCCUAGCACAGAGUCUAGUCUGUCAGUGCCACUGCACGAGAGCCGCUUGGAGUCUCCAUGUCACCCUCCCAACACCCCGCUGCUAGUCAGCUGCUCUGAAGCGUCUCUCGGAUUCAGACUCCCAGAAGCCCUUGCCUGGCUAUGAUUCUCUUUGCAGAGGAGCUGGAAGCUGACCCCCUACUGUGGUCUCCCGUGUCCCCCUCAUGUAUCAUAGAAUCAUAGAAGAUCAGAGUUGGAAGGGACCUCAGGAGGUAUCUAGUCCAGCCCCCUGCUCAAAGCAGGACCAAUCCCCAGCUAAGUCAGGCUGUAACCUUCCAGAACACAGCCCAAACCUCCAGACAGCCACGGCGGCUCCUCCCAACACUGCUUUGCAAUAGACUUGAGAUGCCGGCAGUAAAUAAUGCACUUGGCUGGACCUCCAGCUCCCCUCAAAGCCCCAGCAGGGUCCUUUUUUGGCAGCCAAAUGCCGUGAGUAGAACAAAUGAGACGUAUGUCCGCGAACAGCAGUAUGACGGGCCAGCUCCUCAACUGGUGGGGAUCAGCACACCCCAGUUGGCUUCUCUGGGUUUAUGGCAAUUUACACCAGUUGGGGAUCUGACCCUACCGGCUUCCCUGGGUCUCAGUCAGGGCCGCCCCUUGGACCGCACCGGCAUUGGGGGUAAUUAGUGGGUAUUUAACUAGUUCUACUCAACUCCAAAGAGUUUUACCAUUUCCUAGAAAGUGCGAAAUUCCAUCCCUCUCCCCCACCCCCACUGCACUUAGAUCGGGGAGCAGCGUAAAUUCUGGCCUCACUGCAUUUCCGGUGCAUAUGGAUUAUGGGGGUGCAGCCUAAAGUUUUCGCUAACAAUCCCCACCAGCCGAGAAGGUGCCUCCCAGAACACCCAGCAGCCGGAGCUGUUCUCUCUGGAAAGGCCUGUGUUGUCUGUUUCACAGUCCCCUGUUUCUGCGAUCCCUACGCCCACCUCUGUCCGGCCAGCUCUUGUUUUGUACGUGAAUGACGCGGCCGCCAGUCAGUCUUGUUUGUUAGUGCCCAUGCGUUCGAAGGGAACCGUGUACCUUGUCAAAAUGAUACCGUGUGCUACAGCUUUACACCAAUAAAGAGAAACAAACGUGAGUUUCA